AUGGCGAUGAUGCCGAGGAAGCUCACGCCGGAGCUGGUGACCGCCGCGUAUCGGCUGGGCAUCGACCCUGACGGCGGCCCGGUCUGGACGCGGGUUUCCUGGAUCCCGGAGCAGUUCCUCAAGGCGCCCCUGCCCCCGCAUUGGACGAAGCACGCCACGCAGGACGGCCAGUGGUACUACUACAAUGCCCAGACGGCUCAGUCGGAGUGGGUCCAUCCGCUCACGGAGGCCUACCGGACGCUCGCGAAGCGCUGCCAGCGCACUCCCAACAUCGCCGCGCACCUCGAGCACCAGUUUCCGGCCAUGCGCAGGUACUGCGACGCGCACGCCCACGGCUGGUGGGUCCUCCAGGCGCUCGCGACCGGCGACGCCAUGGCCACAGCCUCUGCCACCGAAGUCAACGACAUGUGCAAGUUCAUGGGCGUGGACCCGCUCUCGGAACCGCACGUCCUGUGGCUUCCGCAGCUCGCGCUGUCGUGUCCGCUGCCGAAGGGGUGGUUCGAGGCCCGGGACGCCGCGGGGCGGCCGUACUUUUACGACGAGGGGGGGGCGUCGACGUACGAACACCCCCUGGACGCGCUGUUCGCGGCGGUGCUGGCCGGGGAGCGCGAGCGGCUGCGGACGCGGCGGGAGCGGCAGGCGGGCGCCAGGGGCGCGGACGGGCGCGUCAACCUGACGCAGCUCCGGCUGGCGCACGAGGAGCAGCUCGGGAGGUGGUUGUUGUUCCGGGGGCCCGGCGCUUACGAUCCGAGCUCGCGGGACCCCGAGCCGCACGUGUUCGUGAAUAUUGCGACGGGAGAGACGACGCAGUACUGUCCGAGCGUCGCGGGGCGCGACGAGGCGGCGGUGAGGCUGCAGCGGGCGUGGCGGCGGCACGUGGAGCGCCGCAGCCGCGCGCGCCGCGCCGCGCUGCUCAUCCAGGCCGCCGUGCGCUCCUUCAUCGCGAGGCGCAAGCUCUUCGCGCUCCGCGUCGCGCGCCGCCGCGACAUGCGCGCCCUCCGCGAGAAGGAACGCGAGGUCCGCAUGCACCACAGCGCGCGCGUCAUCCAGCGCGCGUGGUGGGCCCACCGUCGGUACCGCGCGGAGAGGUUCGAUUGGGCUGUCGUCACUGUCCAGAAGCACGUCCGCGGAUACAUCGCGCGGAACAGCUACCAGCACGCCGUCCUGCAGGAACGCAAGCGGCAGGGCAUGGCUGCGCGCAGCGCGGCCGCGCGGGAGCUGCAGCGCGCCGUUCGCGGCUGGCUGGCGCGGCGCGUGCGCGCGCGGCACCUGCACAGCGUAGACCGCGAGCGCCGGCGGCAGGACGCGGCCGUGAUGAUCCAGAAGCACUUCCGCGGGCACGUCGUGCGCAGCGCGUACGUCAGGCGGCGCGCCGCGGUGACCAUCCAGCGGUACGCCCGCGGGUGGCUGGUGCGUCGGCGCCACGGCAAGCACUCGCGCAAGUCCGCCGACGAGAAGCAGACCAUCCGGGAGCGCGCGGACAAGAAGCUGCGGACCAAGCUGCUCGAGGCGCAGCAGGCGCGGGAGCUCGCGGAGGCCGAGGCGCGCGGCGAGGGGGCGCCCAGCGCCGGCGGGCUUCGGAUGUCGCCCUUCGGCGACGGGGGGGGGUCCGACGAGGAGGGGGAGUUCCUGGACGACGAGAUGCAGCAGCUGCGCGCGGCGCGCGCGCGCACGGCGCUGGCGUCGGCCGGCAACAGCGCGCGCAACGGCGCUGAGUGGCAGCUCAGCAGCGACGCCGUCGCCUCGCCCGUGACGGCGGACGCGAUCUUCGACGCGCUCAGCACGCCGGAGAAGCGAGCGCGCAGCAAGAGCGCUGCGCGGCGCAGGACGAACGAGAGCAGCAAGCACGGCACGGACAGCCGCGCCGGCACCGCAACAUCGUCCAACUACAAGAUGGAGGAAAUGAUGCGCGACGUGCUGGGGACGCCCGGGAGCCGCCCGCCUGGCAGCGCGGGGGAGGGCGAGGCUACGCCGGCGCAGGCCGCGGGCGGGCGCGGCGACCCGCAGCAGCCCCCUGGGACGUCGGGGAGUAUAAUGGGAACGGCGCGGAAGGAAAGGAUGCGUGCGGGGCGAGAUUUGCAGGUGCAGGUGUCGGGCGUGGGCGCGAGUCAUCGGCACCGCGGGCCGCUGGACGGGGACGCGGAGUUCGUCGGGAGCCCGAGCGGUGCGGAGGCGGUGGUGCUGCACCAGGCCGGGCGGUCGGUGGCGGCGGCCGAGGCCGCGAACAGCAGCCGCGAGUACCGGGCGUUCCAGGAGGCCGUGACGCCGCGGAGGGGCGGUGCGCGUGGGUUCGGCGCGGAGGGGGAGGAGGGGGAGGAGGAGGACGGCGGGGCGCGGCGUGGGGUUGGGCGGCGCAGGCGGCGUAGGCGGGUGGGCGGCGAGGACGACGACGGCGGCAGCCUGAGUAGCCUGGGCGACGAGGAGGACGCUGGAUCCGCGGACGGGAGCGGGCCGAUCGUCGGGUUCGACGACGGGGCGCGCCGGGAUGUGCACACCCCCGGGGGGCGUGGGGUGCGCGGGGGGGGUGAGGCGGGAGAGCGCGACGGGGGCGAGUACGUGUACGACGACGAGGGCGAGGACGGUUGGGACGAGUCGGGCGGGUUCGGGACGACGCGGAGCUGGGACCUGGACGAGCAAGACGAGGAAGUGUGGCAGAAAGUGUACCAGGAUUUCCUAUCUGGCAUGGCGUCGAAGAUCCAGGCGUCGUGGCGCGCGGUCCUGCAGGUCCGCCGCUUCCGGAAGCUCGUCGCGUACUACCGCGAACACCGCCGCCGCCGCCAGACGCUGAACGGCAUCCUCGUCGAAGCAAAGAGGGCGGCGAGUCGUCCAGCGUCGGUGACGGAGGGCGACGCAGAAGGCAGCGAGGCCGCGGACGACGACAGGCCGCACGCGGCGCAGCCCGCUGCGGCGAGCGGGACGCCGCCGCUGCCGACUGCGGUGCGCGCGAUGCGGUUCCUGGAGCGGUCGCCGGCGUCGGUGGUGGCGGACGUCCGCUCGAAGAUCGCCAAGCUGCACCCGGUGCCGCGAGGGCCGUCGAAAAAGUGGGCCGACGCGAUCAGCCUGCCGUCGGACGAGGAGGUGCACGCAACCACGGUGCUGCAGGCGAUCGCGCGCGGCUGGAAGGUGCGCAGGACGCUGCGGGAGGCAAAGGACCUCCGUGCCGCGCGCCUCGCGAACAUGAUCCGGUUCGAGCGCGUCUACCGCUGGGUGUACAAAAUACCCCCCCUCCCCCUCGUGGAGACUCCCCCCAAGGCCGCGGCCUCGCCCUCGACCGCGGCGCCCUCCGCGGACGGCGUCGCUCGCGCCAACGGGCCCGCCAUACGCGCCGACUACUGCUACGUCCUCUCGAAAUGCGCGCACAUGGAGGAGCUAACCCCCGGCGUGGCGUAUCCGCUCGCAAGCGAGCACGCGGUCAACGCGCGGCUGCGGCGGCGCGCGGACAGGCUCGUCGCGAGCGCGACGGCGAAGCGGGGCCGCCGGGAGGAGCUGGUGGCGCAGCUGCGCGUGGCGUACGAGGUGUGUGGGGUUGGGCGGGAGAAGUGGAUGCGCAUCGCGAAGAAAGGGGAGGACUGCUGGCUGUCGGACGACAGCCUCGCGGCGCUGGAGGCGGAGGUCGCGGCGGUCAAGGCGGCCGCGGCGGAGGGGCCUGGGGCCGCGCAGGCGGCGAAGCGCGCCACGGCGCUGGUGAACAAGAUCUGGCACCGCUGCCGGGUGUGCAAGGAGUGGCAACGGUCGUCCGGGAUCGCGCCCGUCGCGCCGAGCGCCGCGUCCCUGGACACCGCGCAGCACCACAUCAUCCUCCUGCUCGCCCUCGAGCGCGCCCUCAAGCCUUUACUCCCCCUCCUCGCCGAGCGCGAGACCCUCCUCCUCCUCUCCCGGCACCGCGCCGUCGCGCACGGCGUCGCCGGCAGCGCGCGCACGUACACCGAGCAGGAGGUCAGCAAGGCGCGCGCCGCGGCCGAGGCCGGCGCCGCGCGCGUCCCAACCCUCCGCGACGAUUUGAAAAAGGUCCUUGUCAAGAUCAAACACUUCGUGGCCGCCAUCGACUCCGCGGCCGCAGACGGCGCGGCGGAGGGCAGCGCGCCAGCUGCGUCCUCUCCGCGGGGCAUGUCGGCGCAGGCCAAGACCCUGCUGGACGCGCUGCCGGUGCCGUGGGAGGAGGUGCGGAAGAUGUGUCGCGUGCCGGAUUCGCGGCAGCUCGCGAAGGAGUACCAGACGGUGCGGCGCGAGAUCGCGGCGGUCGAGGACGUGACGGACCCGGUCAAGAUUCGCGAGCGGCAGGAGCGGCAGGCGGCGACGGCACUGGAGGACAUAUCGCGGGGGGGCGGGGGCGCGGUGCCGGACGUGCCGAUGCCCGAGCAGAUCGCCGCGCCGCUGACGGACGGGCGGCGCGGCGGCGGGUGGGCGACGCUCGACCCGUACGGGGCCGCGCGAGAAGGAGGACAGUCCCCCGGGGGUGUUGCGAGCGUGCCGGGGUCGUCGUCGCUGCGGCAGCGGGCUGCGGAGUCGCCGCACGGCGCUGGGCAGACCGGGGCGGUCGCGGGCGCCGCGACCGGGGCCGAGGCGGCGUGGAGGACGGCGGAGAUGAGUCAGGGGGGGGGGAUGUUUUCGCCCAACGGCGCGAGCCGGCCUGCUGCCGCCGUGGCCUGGUCGUAG